AUGGACCACACCAUCUCACAACGGCAGGAAGGCCUCUCGUUCUUAUGUUAUUUUCUUGCAGGGAUUGGAAACAAACAUAUCAGUUCAUUGAAAAAGGAUAUUGCGAUGUUUCUAAAUCAUUCAGGUGCGUCUGAUCAAGCGAUUGAUACCUUAUCUAAUAUGCAGUUAAGUUCUACGUCGAGGGAGAAUCGACGUGAGAAAAAUGUUAUAUCUUCUAUUCAUAGAGAUAAUGUGACAAGAGAUCUUGUAAAGUAUCAGACAAAUGCCAUAAUCGUUAAUAUCGAUGAUUAUCAUAAUAUUCAUGGUCUGCGGAUUCCAACAACUACGUCAACUAGUACUGUUGCACACAUGACUACAGUUCUCGCCAUCCCAAUACCUACAACGACUGCGAUUCCAAAAAAUGUCGGAGAUAAUGUAUAUGCAGACAUACAUAACCCACGAAUUGUCGACAGUGAUAUUUUAAUUAGUAAAAUAGAAUGUCGGUGUCGAGAUGAGAAGAUUAAUGGUGUCGAGCGAAGACUAGAUGAGAAGGUCGAAGAAGGACUAGAUAAGGUCGAAACAAAAAUUUACGAAUUAAGAGAUCUCAUCAUGGCACAAAACUUAAGGUAA